AAUAAAUAAAAAUUAAAACACCUCAACUGUAGCUCAGGCUACACUAUACCACCUCACGUUGUUACAGGCCGUUGCGCUGUGCCUGUUUGCUUUUUUUUAAAUGCUUUGCCCUCCACAAGACUAUAUAGCCCACGACAGCCAAAUAAUAAUGAAUCAUUUCAUAAAUAAUGGGUUUAGGGGCUUAUCGGGAAUGAAGAGGCCGCUGCCGUGCGCUUAUCUCACUCGGCCACAUUGCGGCCUGUGUUCCGCUCCCCAUACUGAGGGAGCGCACUGGAUGCGGCGAGGAAUAACUCAGCUACACACAUACGCAUACACACAUAUACACACUCACACACAUACACACACUACUCCACAACUGGUAGAGAAAAAAAAAAAGAAAAACCUCAGACAUGGAUGACCCACUCACAAAAUGGCUCCACUUACACAGUAACAUCAACAACACGGCUGGAACGGCUUGCGUGGACAGCAAAUGCGUGGUUAUAUCUGACAUUUUGCCACAAACGAUGCACUGAACUAUGGAUUAAUCGAGGGAAAUCUCAUUUAGGACGUAGUGGACUCUAGCGAGUGGUGACGGCAUAAAAAUGAUGGAAAAGCGGCAACAGGAGCUUUGUCCCGAAAGUCCCGAUGCAGGGUCCGGUCCUAAUAAACGGGAGGACUCCGCCAUCAUCUCCAGACAGAACGGAUGCAAGGAGGACGGGGAGCCGAGGAGAGAGGAGGGGGAGGAGGAAGAAGAGGAGGAGGAUGAGGAGGAGGAGAGGGGAGGGAGCUUCAAGGGGGUUGAGGAGACGGAUGACGUUCCUCUGCAGAACUCGAACAACGGGACCAGCAUCAGCAUCAUCAUCAACGGCGUUGCCAAGGAAACUGCCUCUCACAACGCCCUUGACCUGAAAAGGGAAGUGCCGGUGAUCGAGCUCUCCAGGAGGGACGCUAUAAAAGCGGUGCAACAGAGGACUGAGAGCCAUUUGGUGCCGAUCACGGAACUUCGCAGACCUCCACCGCUGCCGCUGCCGCCGCCGCAACGAGACGACGCUCGAAUGGUCCAACUGAGCCCAAACGCGUUCCCUGUCCCAGCGCGGGCGAUGCUCUACAACCUGGCACAGCCUCUCGCCGCCAUCAACAGUCUCGGAGGAGAGUCGGAGCAGUACAGCAUGUACCCCAGCAACAGGGUAAAGCGCCGCCCGGCGCCUUAUGAGGUUGAACUCGACGAGGGUAGGCGCAUUUUAGAUCUUUAUAAGUAUGCUGGCCAGCCAAAGAUUGUACGUCGCAUCUUCACAAACAGUCGUGAACGUUGGCGGCAGCAGAAUGUAAAUGGGGCAUUUGCAGAGCUUCGUAAACUCAUUCCCACCCACCCUCCCGACAAGAAGCUGAGCAAAAACGAGAUACUGCGGCUCGCUAUGAAGUACAUCAGUUUCCUCUCCAACCUCCUCGAGGAUCAGGAUGGUGGGAGGAAUGUUGGCAGCACAACUGAUGGGGACACAGGGCUGUUGGUUGGGGUUGCCGCCCACGAGGGGGGCCCUCAGGGUGGACCGCACCAGGACACAGUAGUGGGCUUAGCCAGGGAUGAUCUUUUGGAGACAAUGUCGCCAGGCUCCAGCUGCGGAAGCCUACCUGAUGGCGAUGCUGAAGGCAGUCCUGAAAGCUUCAUGGAGGACCAGGACUCGCCUCCAGCUCCAAGGACUCUAGCAACAUCUCGCGGACCCCCACUUCAUCUAGCUACUAGGGAUCUGAGGCGCAAUGGACGCCCGUUAGAUAACUCCAGUCGCCGAUGAUGCUGAUGCCAACAAACAACAACGCAGCACCUGAGAGUGAAAUGGAGGAACUAAAAAAAAGAAAAAAGAGGCGGACACACUCAGACCCUGUUAUUUUUGAGUCAUCAGUGUAGAAAGCAGAAUUAAGCUCCGCAUAUUGAGAUAGUGCUGUCCAAAAUGGAUGACGAGCAUGUUCUCGUCUCCACGCUUAACAGUUUGGUUGAAUUUAAGACUUGUAAAUUCUGCAUGUCUCAUGUCUUUGACAGACCUGCGGAUUUCAGUGCUUUGAAAGCUCCAAAGACUGGACAUCCUUACACAAAAGAAAUGCCCCAAUAUAUGAAAGAAAGAGCAAAGAAACAAAAACUAAUAAUAAUCAGGCAAUCGUCACUCAAACAACAAGCGUUUUAUUCUGAGGAUCAAUGUUUCACUGAUGUAACUAUUAAUUACAAUAUGACGCCACUGGAAUUGAUCCACCUUGCUUGCACGGCACCGAAAGUAACAAGCACACCAGGAGAUUUAUCCUCGACAAGUUUGGUGUUUUAAUUUAAAGACACAAAGGAAAAUUUGCCUCACUCUGAGGCCAUAAAAACACUGAGUGGACCCUAAUUGUACCCAUGCGAUUCGUAUGCAUUGUAAAUAGCAUAUAUAUUUCCACUGCACAAUGUAAUAAUAGUGACUCAAAUUCAAGUCAUGUGGAUUAAGAUGUACCAUAGUGUGUUUGUCAGUGGGUUUACUAGCAAAAUUGUCUUUUAGGAGACAGGAUGACAAGAAGGAGAAGAAAUUAGAUGAACUAAAAAAAAGGAAAGAAAAAAGAAGUAAAGCAAGCGACUGAACGUAUAAGUACAUCAAUUGUGGUACAACUGACUUCUGUUACACUUUGGUGAUGACAAAAUGUCACCAAAUAUGUCAGCAGAUAGCAGAAAACAAUCACACUGCCUGGAAUGAAUAUAUCUAUUUGAAAUUGCUGUGGAGGUACAAGACAUGCAGUGUACAAAGUGUGGGUCAAAUGAAAUCACGACAUGACUCAUGCAGUCCGUUUUUAUAUGAAUGUUGCAGUGUUUUGUUUUGUUUGUUUGGUUUUUUUUUUUUUAACUGUAAAUCAGUUGUAGUUUAGUAAGGUACACAAAUAAAUCCCUUCAUUGCCAUAUUCUACACUUACAUGUACAGACGACACAUUAAAACACACGCGCACACACACAUGCACAAAGUUGCACAUCCAUGACUUAAGAGUAUAUGAAAAUGACUUACACUGAUUUCCCGGAGACGGGCUGUGUCACCACAUCUUGGUAUUGACCACUGAUAGCUUACUGUUGAUACGCAUACGAUACUGCUUUAUGUAAUUGUUCUUAUUUUGUACACUUUUGUACAGGUGUGGUUACAGAUUCUCUCCGCUAGCAUUUUGAGUGCAAUUCAUUGAAGAAAAAGGAAACAAAAACACAAUAAUCUAAAUUAAAGAUGAAUUAAUAUGACAUUACUAUUAUUGUCAUGUCAAAUUUAAACAUCUUGCAAAACUAAUAAUAUUGCAAAUUCUUCUAAGCACAGCAGUCGUAUACUGAAGCGGUCUCAGAUCGUGACAGCCGUCCGGGAAGCCGAUUCUAACCUUAACAGCAGUUCCAGCUUCUCCAACCUUAACCCUUACUCUCCUUUGAAACUUGUCUUCAUUUUAGAAGUUAAUGAUGCACUUAAUGGAGACGUGCCUUUUGUUCUCUUAAGGAAAGGAAAUGCCAAUAAUCUGAGUGUAUAAACAGAUUUAGGGCCCCGCAACGUGACUAAUACCUGGAUCACACACACGCGCAAACAGACACACACACACCAUCACCACACAGUGUUAAUAUCAUAAGAACACCAGCAGUUUUCUGACAAAGACACUUAUGUAUUGCUCACUGUUGUUGCUUUUUCAGCAGGACCUAGUAGCCUAUAUUGGUACCUUUGGUAACUAUGGUAUUUUAUGAAUUGCAGUAAAGGGACAUUGUACGUUUGGUAAUGACAUAUUUGUUGUAUUAUAGCUGUAUCUAUAAAUAUAUCCAAUGUUAAAUUGAUGAAUUUUAUAUUAAAAAAUGAAUAA